UGAGCACGUACAUCAUACUAAAGUAGCACAUACAUCGUUACACACAUACCGACAGAGACAAAGUGGACUGGAAUACUCCGGACAUGCAGCCUUGAAGAUCACCUGGCCUCCACCUUGAGCCACAUGUACUGUGGACUGAUUAGGUGCUUUUCCAUCAUUCUAUUCCAUCUAUAGCAUGGGUCUGUGUCUUAUCUAUGUGGACACUAUACAAAACAAUCCAUGGUUGUUCUACUACGAUGGUAGCAUUCAUUGAUAUUGAUUGUCCUCUUUUUUUUCUCUCCUCCAUGAGGCCCAAGGAGAGAAUAUGAUAGGAAGAUAAGCAGCCAAUGAUGCCAUCCGGGUCCAAGGUACCGGACGGACAAGAAUGCGAUCGGGGAGGCGAAAAAGCCGGGCAGGGUUUCAAUUUUUCAACUCUGUCAAUCAGACAACCACCACCCUCCAUGAUGGAACCAAUUUACUCCCAGACAGUUCGACAUACGACACUUUCUACAGGCAGGACCGAGAUAUCGCUUUACCAAGGACCCACCGGGCCGGAACGCACUGACUGGCCGGCGAGGGAUCGUCUCCAGUCCCAGACCGUUCGAUCGCCUAUUUUAAGUUGGUUAGUAGCGUCCCAGCACCCGUAUUUACCGCUAAUACCACCUCCGCCCGCCGCCAUCAUCAUCCUCUCAUUGCCCUCCGUCCUGUUCCGGGUACGGCGGCAACGCGGCAGGGAAUCUUCUUCUUCUGCUUGUCUUUUUAUUUUUCCUUUCCAACGGUCGUCAUCACGAAACAUUCCCCCCUUUCCCAUCCCUCCCUAACUGAAGCAUGAAAGACAAGAGAAAUACAAGAGGGAGGUCAAUCUCUGAUAACAAAAUAAAUAAGAUUAGAAUACAGAAUUAAAUAAACAAAUAGGAAAAAAAAAAAAAG